UAAUUCGUUGAUACAUGGUGUCUCUCCAGAAUGGGGAGCACUGGUGGAACUGCAUUUGGGGAAUACACCUACGAGAACCUUGAGAGGGAACCCUACUGGCCUUCAGAAAAGCUCCGUGUUUCUAUUACUGGGGCCGGUGGGUUCAUUGCCUCACAUAUUGCUUGGCGAUUAAAGAGUUAGGGCCAUUAUAUCAUUGCUUCAGAUUGGAAGAAGAAUAAGCACAUGACAGAGGAUAUGUUCUGUCAUGAAUUUUAUCUUGUCGAUCUUAGGGUGACGGAUAACUGUUUGAAGGUGAUUUCUGGAGUUGAUCAUGUGUUUAAUCUUGCUGCUGAUAUGGGAGGAAUGGGCUUCAUUCAGCCAAAUCAUUCUGUUAUCAUGUAUAACAAUACGAUGAUAAGUUUCAAUAUGCUUGAGGAUGCAAGGAUCAAUGGAGUUAAGAGGUUCUUUUAUGCCUCUAGUGCUUGCAUCUACCCUGAAUUUAAACAACUAGAAACUAAUGUGAGCUUGAAGGAGUCUGAUGCCUGGCCUGCUGAGCCUCAAGAUGCUUAUGGUUUGGAGAAGCUUACAACUGAAGAGCUAUGCAAGCAUUACACUAAUGACUUUGGGAUGGAGUGUCGUAUUGGGCGGUUCCAUAACACAUAUGAGCCAUUCGGCACAUGGAAAGGUGGGAGAGAGAAGGCCCCUGUAGCAUUUUGUAGGAAAGCAAUCACUUCCACAGAUAAGUUUGAAAUGUGGGGAGAUGGGCUGCAAACCCGGUCUUUCACCUUCAUUGACGAAUGUGUAGAGGGUGUAUUAAGAUUGACGAAGUCAGAUUUCCGGGAGCCAGUGAAUAUUGGAAGUGAUGAAAUGGUCAGCAUGAAUGAGAUGGCUGAGAUUGCGCUGAGCUUUGAUAACAAGGAGCUACCGAUCCAUCACAUUCCUGGUCCAGAGGGAGUUCGUGGCCGAAACUCUGGUAACACACUGAUCAAAGAGAAGCUCGGAUGGGCCCCUUCCAUGAAAUUGAAGGAUGGGCUAAGGGUAACAUCCUUCUGGAUUAAGGAUCAGAUUGAAAAAGAGAAAGCUCAAGGUGUUGAUUUAUCCGUUUAUGGGUCAUCAAAAGCUGUGGGAACACAAGCAUAUGUCCAACUGGGCUCUCUUCGUGCUGCUGAUAGUAAAGAAUGAAGCAUACAAACCUUAGUACUUGUAUAUUUAUUCCAGCAGGAAUGCAUUAGCGAGCUCCUACUUAGUUUAA